AUGACGGAAGCCGCCGCGGACUACCACGCGCUGCCGGAACAGGGCUCGUUCUCGGGCCACGGUGCCGAGCGCGUGAGUCGCCGCAGCUCUCAGGGUCCGUCCACGACGGUGCCCGCUGCGUCCACCGACAAAGCCACGCCACUACCCAGUGGCUCUACGGACGAAGCGAUGAUGGAACUGGGCGAUGUGGACGAUGACGCCGUGGCUGUCAUGCCCCGUGGCACGCCCAAACCUCUUCCCAACGCCUUCCUUGGUCCUGGAUAUGGGCGCAACUCAUACUUUACAUGGCGCUUGCGUAUGAGCACGUUACUGGUCGCGGCGCUCGGUAUUGCAGGUAUUGUGGCAUUCUGGGUGUCCAAGGAUAUCGGACAUGGAGGCGUGUACGUACAGGACGUAGGAUACGCAAUGUCUUUCCAGCGUACGAUAACCACGGCGUGUAUUGCAGACACAGACUACUGCGGCGCUUGUGACACUAUUGUGGUGUACGCCAUGUUGGUGUAUCACGUGGCGCCGCUGCUAGUGAUCAUCGGUCUACCAGCAUCCGGUUUGCGGUUAUUUGAGCCUUUUCGACGACGUCGAGACGGCGGAGGCCGCCAGAAGAUCCAACGCUCAGUAUUUUUCCAGUUCUGCGAACUCUUGAGCGUGGUGGUGUUGGUGUUUAGUCUCCUGGUGAUUCUGUAUUUCGUGUAUGCAAUUUUCCAAGGCAAUAAUUUUCAUUGCAGUCAGGCACGUGCAAUAUUGUACGUGGCCUUCGCAGUGGUGACAUUUUUCGCAAAUUUCGUGGUACUCACGUACUUCGCACGUUUCCGAGAGCAUCUGAGUAUGCAACUUGGGGCGUUUAAGGAAACGGACCAAACUGGAGGUAUCCGAUCUCGACUGCAACGUCGGCGCAGUAAAUACAAGUCAGAGCGCACGCGGGUGGUGAACGACAUACGUAAACACCUCUACAAGGAGACGUCACUGGGAAAUGUAGCCAAGAUGGAGACGCUAUUGGAGUACGCUAAAGAGCGGCUGGGCACAGAGUUCGCCCAUGAAAUGUACAAUGACGCCAGACUGGUCUUCAAGCUGUUUGGUCGCUCCAAGAAGAACCCAAUUCAUGUGGCUGCUUAUCUGGGAAACGUUCAGGCGUUGCAACUGCUUUUCGAGGCUGGAUUCCGUGUGGAUAGCUAUGAUAAGGUGUCUCGCGUGCGUUUUACGACUGGUGAUUUAUUCUGGACAUUCGCGCAGAUCUUCGUUUCGAAACCUCUGACGUCUGAAGAUGAAAUGGCUGCGUCGAUCUUCCGUACGACGCUGGUGACGCCGCUACAUUGCGCUGUGAGUACAGGGCAGAUUCAGGCAGUUCAGUGGCUUAUUGAGCAUGGCGUCAACGUGAAUCUCAAAUCCAAGGCUUCGUAUUGGUCCGACCGGAUGCCGCCUCUUUUCGUCGCUGAUAACCCGGAUAUUGUGACGCUGCUACUUGAAGCUGGCGCAAACCACCUCGAAGUGCCCGAUCCUGGCCAUAUGAAUACGGUCACAGUGUUGCAGAUGGCCUACAUGCGAGGCAACUUCCCUGUUGCACACGAACUGGAAGAAUGGGGUGCGGAUGUGGCUCUAACACCUCUGCAUGAAGCUGCUGCCAAGAACAACACAAUAAGCAUCAGGAAGCUGCUAAAGACUGGCGCGGAUCCGAACUGUGUGGGCGAAUACGGUUAUACAGGCAUGCAUCGCCGUACUCCUUUGCAUUGGGCAGCGAUUACUGGCGCUGUCGAAGCCAUUAGCAUGCUGCUUGAAGCUGGAUCCGAUCCCGAUUUCCAGGAUAUCUUCGGUCGGUCGCCACUACAUUGGGCCGCACGAGUGAACAAGCCAGCAGUGGUGCGUUUACUACUGACAAAAGGUGCUGACGUGAACCUACGCGACUAUCGUGACCACACUCCUCUGCUGUGUGCUGCGUCCUCCAAGAACGUGAGUGUCGACUUGUUUGACUGCCUCGUCCAGCAUGGCGCAGACAUCGAUGACCGUCUUCCGAAUGGUGAUACAGCGCUGCAUAUUGCGAUGAAGUGUGAGCAGAAGGGAACAGCAUUGGCACUGCUGGACGCUGGAGCGGAUGUGAUGGAGACGAACCGGGAUGGCUACCGUCCUGUGGACUGCACCACCUCGACGCAGUUGCAGUUCGAGAUUAAACAAGCUGCUGGAGAUCGCGACGUUAUGAUCAGUUAUACGCACUCUCACAGUCAGUUUGCGUUAAAGAUUCGCGACAGUCUUGAGCGUGCGAACAUCACGUCCUGGCUUGAUCUCAUGGACCCGACUGGUAUCGGUGGUGGCUCAGUGUGGCGUGAAGAGAUUGCUCGUGGCAUCAAGAACGCCGAAGUGAUCAUUUGUCUGUACACUGAGGACUACCCCGUGUCGGAAUGGUGUCUCAAGGAACUCGCCCUGGCGAAGCAACUAGGAAAACCAAUUAUCGCCGUCUCUCCGGAGGGUGCAGCAGUCACAGAAGAGAUGCAAGUGUACAUUUACACUCGACAAAUGGUGCCGUUCGAGCCGGCUAUCAAGAGCGUCAACAACACCAACAAACGCAAGAUUAUGUACGAGUACGACGAGGAGCGGUUUGCAGCUCAAUUCCGUCUGCUACUGGACGGUGUACGCGAUGAGAUUGAGAAGCAGCGCGAGGCAAAUAUUGUCGGUGGUAGUAGACGUCGAUUGGCCAAUGGAACAAGUGUGGUUGGAUUCGGUGAGAACAUCACGGACUGGGACCCGGCCACUCUGGAUAAUAUCCCGUUCGCAUUCGUCUCUCAUGGGGAUGUCCACCACAGCUUCGUCAAGCGACUUCAUGACCGUCUGCAGGAUAACCAGGUGCGGUGUCUACUUGACGGUACACAGUCGUAUACGGAUAUGACGGAGCGCAUCCAUGCUGCCAAGGAGGCCAUUCUUAAAUGCGAGGUGUUUAUCGUGGUGCUGUCAAGGAAGACCGUUAAUAGUGAGCUGGUGAAGGACCAACUGGCGUUUGCUGAAGACAAGGGGAAGCCUAUCUUGCCAGUUAUGCUGAACGACAUGGAGAUCCCGCUGGAUAAACACUACACCCUUUCGCGACUGGAGCUGCUCCACUUCACACCGGAAUUAGGCUUCAACUCGAGCUUCAUGCAGCUUUUGGGUCGUGUACGCGAUAACAUGACGACAGCCAAUGCUUCAUUCAACGCGCCACGUGCAUCAACACGUCCGACGUUCCGAGCCGUAGCUCGAAUGACAGCCAUGAACCACGCACGACAGAAUAACAACGUGGCUGUCAAUGCCGCCGCCCGUGCUUUCCUGGGACGCCCUCGACUCUCGGAAGCGGCGUGA